AUGGCCUUCAAGUUUCAGUUAGUCGUGUUCGUUGCCUUCGUGGCUGCCGCCAACGCCGGAUUCCUGCCCGCAACCGCACCCUUGUCGUACGCCCCUGCGGCGCACAUCGCCUACGCAGCGGCAGCUCCGUUGGCCGUGGCCCCCGUAGCGAAGACCGUGGCUGUAGCCCCCGUAGCCAAGGCGGUGGUGGCCAAGACUGUGGACGCCGACUACGACCCUCAUCCCCAGUACAGCUAUGCCUACGACGUGCACGACAGCUUGACCGGGGACGCCAAGAGCCAGCAAGAGAGCCGCGACGGAGACGUAGUCCAGGGUAGCUACUCUCUGAUCGAGUCCGACGGAACGAAACGCACCGUCGACUACACCGCUGAUCCAGUAAACGGAUUCAACGCCGUAGUACGCAAGGAACCAGCCGCCGUUGCCGUGAAAGCCGUGGCCGCUGCUCCCAUCGGCCACGCACCUCUGACCUACGCAGCCUCCGCACCAGUUCUCGCCGCCCCGGUCGCCAAGAUCGCUGCCCCCCUGGCUCACGCUCAGGCCUACUACGCCGCCCCUUCGGCUAAGCUCGCCGUCGCCCACGCCGCUCCAUACGCCGCUCAAUACGCCGCUCCAUACGCCGCCUCGUACGCCAGCCCAUACGCCGCUUCGUUAGCCGCCCCAUACGUUGCACACCAUGCACCGUACGCCGCCGUCGCUCCAGCCGCCUCCAUCGCCUACUCGGCUCACCCCGCAUCCUUCGCCAAGCUGGCGGCUGCUCCAGCUCUUACCUACGCCGGCCCCGCACACUACCUCUAA